CCGCUGCUGCCGCUGCUGCUGUAGUUCUACAGUGAGCGGACUGGAGGUCAGUCUGUAGAAGAAAAGGAAAGCAGCCCAGCUCCAGAAACCCCGCACACACACACCAGCAUCUCCACACACACACACACACACCGCGCUGCAGAGAGAGAGGAGCGGUGUGGGGCUGAUUCCCAGAGAUCUGAAGGCCGGCGUUAAGCUGUUGAUAUAGAGCCUAAAAUGACCCAUGCGGUGACUCCUGAUAUGUAAAUGGCUUCCAAAGUGCGAGAUGCAGUGGUGUGGUACCAGAAGAAGAUUGGUGCGUACGACCAGCAGAUUUGGGAGAAGUCUGUGGAACAACGAGAAAUUAAGUUCAUUAGGCUGGGCCUGAGGAACAAACCAAAGAAGACAGGCCAUGUGAAGCCGGAUCUGAUUGACGUGGAUCUAGUGAGAGGCUCAGCAUUCGCUAAAGCCAAGCCGGAGAGCCCAUGGACGUCUCUAACGAGGAAGGGCAUUGUUCGAGUGGUACUAUUCCCCUUUUUCUUCAGAUGGUGGAUCCAGGUGACCUCCAAAGCCAUCUUCCUGCUGCUGCUUUCACUCUACCUUCUCCAAGUGGCAGCAGCGGUGUUGUUUUUCAGCAUCUCUAAGCCUCAUGACAUCCCAGCCACUGAGGUGUUUGGUGCCAUCUGGCUGAUGCUGCUGCUGGGAACGGUGCACUGCCAGAUCGUCUCCACCCGCACACCCAAACCAGCCGCCAGCAGCACCGGCAAGAGGAGAAGGAAGUUAAGGAAGGCAGCUCACUUGGAGGUGCAUAGGGAAGGCGAUGGCUCUAGCACUACCGAUAACACACAGGAGGGGGCACCACACUCCUCCGGCUCUGCUGCCACUCACAGCCUUGGCGCUUUCUUCAGAGAUUUCUGGCAUAAUGUCUUUAAAUCGGGAUCUAAGAAAUCUAAGCUGUCCAUUGAUAAGUCCACGGAGACAGACAAUGGCUACGUGUCUCUUGACGGACGUGUCACCAGUAAGAGCAGUGAAGAGGGGCUUCAACUGCAUGAUCCACACUGUGACCUGCUCCGCUCAGAGGAGCCAGGCUGGUGCAGCCCUCAGCACAGGAACAACCUGAUACUGCCACCUCUCACCAAGUGCAUACAGGAUGUGCCAGGUUUACACAGUGUGGAGAACAUGUCGGAUGAAGCGUCAAGUGAAGAAGACCCAGAGAACUACAGCACCCUCCGCAGGGGUGUGGAGCGCAUGAACAGUGAAUGCACACUGCGCAACAGAAAAUCCCACCACUACAAAAAACACUUUACAGCUGAGGAAACACCCAAGUCAGGUACCAGCUGCAGCUCACGAUGCUCCAGUCUGCGCACACAGGACUCGGAGAGCACUCGGCACGAGUCUGAGACAGAGGACGUUCUGUGGGAGGACUUCUUGCACUGCGCCGAGUGCCGAUCCUCCUGCACCAGUGAGACUGAGGCGGAGGGAUCUGCAGUCUGCCCCACCUCCAAAAAAGAGUACCGGGAUGACCCUUUCCACCAGGGUCACGCCCCAUGGCUGCACAGCUCAAACCCUGGGCUUGAACGUGUGAGUGCCAUUGUUUGGGAGGGAAACGAGUGUAAGAAGGCGGAUAUGUCGGUGCUGGAGAUCAGUGGGAUGAUCAUGAAUAGGGUAAAUCUAUACACCCCUGGCAUUGGAUAUCAGAUCUUCGGCAAUCUGGUGGCUGUAAUGCUCGGACUCACGCCCUUUGCAUAUAGACUUUUCCAGUACAAAGAUCUGGAGCAGCUGGCCUCUCUCUCAGCCGGUGAGAUGAUCUCCAUUGCCUUCGGAUCUUCCUCAGACUUCAUGGUGAUCAUCAUGGUGACAGUGAGCUUCAUGGUGCGCGUCUGCCUCAUCUGGCUCUUCUUCUUUCUGCUCAGUGUGGCUGAAAGGACGUACAAGCAGAGGUUGCUCUUUGCUAAACUCUUUGGUCAUCUAACUUCAGCCCGGAGAGCCAGGAAGUCUGAGGUGCCUCAUUUCCGCCUGAAGAAAGUGCAGAACAUUAAAAUGUGGCUUUCUCUGCGCUCCUACUUGAAGAGACGUGGUCCCCAGCGUUCUGUUGACGUCAUCGUCUCAUCUGCCUUCCUUCUUACUCUCUCAGUGGUCUUCAUCUGCUGCGCCCAGUUGCUCCACAUGCACGAGACGUUUCUGGAGUUUCACUAUAACUGGGAGCUGGUGAUUUGGUGCUUGUCUCUGUCUCUCUUCCUUCUGCGCUUUGUCACUCUGGGCUCUGAGACCAGCAAGAAGUACAGCAACACCUCCAUUCUACUGACCGAACAGAUUAAUCUGUACUUGAAAAUGGAGAAGAAACCAAACAAGAAAGAAGAGCUGACACUGGUCAACAAUGUUCUAAAGCUGGCCACCAAACUGCUGAAGGAGUUGGAUUCUCCAUUCAGAUUAUACGGCCUUACAAUGAACCCCCUCCUGUACAACAUCACGCAGGUUGUCAUCCUGUCAGCAGUUUCAGGGGUCAUCAGUGACCUGCUGGGCUUCAACGUGAAGCUUUGGAAGAUCAAGUCAUGACAGUGAGCUGAUGACUGACUCCAGCCCUCCCGGAGGGGACAGCGCACAGUUUGACCACAGGAGGGCGACGAGUCCCCGUUACGAGGGGCCACCUGACAAUGGACUUUUGGCCCUUUUCUCCUCUGACAUAUCAGAGUUCUUAUACUUCACUCGUGCAAUUCAGAUAUUUAUUUUACCCUCUCAGUGUUUUUUGGAGUUCUCACAUGUUUAGCUGUUUUAAUUGUUUUUAAGUAUUAUUGUUUUAGCUGGUAGAAUUUCAUUGUUACAGGAGCGGGAUCUGCGAGGAGGGGAGGGAUUAGUCCUGAUUUUUUUUGGGGGGUGGGAGGUGGUGGGCAGGACUGUAUACAGUGAACUGUGUACUGCGGGAAUGCCGGCAUGGUUGGGGAGCAGAGGAGCUCUGGGUGAAGAGGGACGUUCAGGAGCUCAGACUGGCAAUAAGCAGUUCAGUCCCUCGCCUGGUUAUUGUUACAUAGAUAGGUCACUCAUAGCAGUGCUCCACCAAAGUUAUGAGCAGAUAAUGAUCAUGCUGGACGUCUUUGGAUGACUGUGUGUGUGUUUGUAAAAAAAACAGGAUGUUUCUGAAGCACUGAACAUUAUUAGUGAAACUGACAAGACAUACAGACAGACACUCACACACACUCUGUGGAGCUGGAAGACCUGAGCGUGUCUGUCUGAGCUAAAGCUCCUGUUACUGUUCUCUCUCUCUGUGUGUGCGAGUGUGUGUGGAUGUGUUUAUGAAUGUGUGAGUGUGUGAGUAUUAUGAUCCGUUACGUGCUGUUUUUUCACAACGUUCUUCAAUAAGUAGAGGUCGAAUUGCCUUGUUCACAACUGUUACUUGUGCAGCAUUUGUUUUUGUCUUGAUUUGACACAUUAUGAUUUCAGCAGCGUCUCACUCUGUUUCCAGCAGUGUGUGUUGGUGAGAUAUUAGGGGGGGCGGGGGGUACAGGACUGAGGCCUUGACAAAUUCUUUGAAAAGCUUGCGGUUUACCUUUGGUGUGGUUGUUACUUUCAUUACCAUUCGUCUGUCUCAGAAUGUCAACUGUUUAGGCUAUUGAGACUCAGUGUAUGAAGGGUAUUUAGGGUGUUUGUGUUAGUGCGUGCGUGUGCGUAUUCAGCCUCAGUCAGAAAUGCCUCAAAAUGUGCACUUUAAAGCGAAGAAAUUGUUACUCAAUGUCAAAAGUUGGUCAGAAGAAGAGCCUUGAAGAUGUGUGAUUUUUGUUUUUGUAUUUCUGCAUGGGACAGUCAGUGAGGAUGACCAAAGUGCUUUUUUUUCUUUUUGGUCUGCUGGAGAAGAAUGUAUUAGUUCUUGCUUUAAGCAUUAGUUCCUCUGAGAGUUCUUUUAAAAAGGGCUGUGGUCACCUUUUCUCCUUUGUAUCUGUUUCUCUGCAUUGUGUUCCUGUGGGUUUUGUUUGGUUUUGUUAUUAAACUGUCACUCAUUACAUUUGCUGAUCUUUGAUGGAAAUAUGUGGUGUUUACAGAGAACACUAUGUCUGAGAAAGAAAAAGCGCUAGAUAAAGAGCUUUGAAAACCACAA